CAUCCAAGUAGUUUUGACUGACGUACAGCACGGACAAGCGCAAGCCCAGGCCAGCAUCUAGCAAACUUGCCUCAGCUUAGAGGAUCUGAGCUGUUAAACCGCUCACCAUCAUGCCUCCAGUCAAGUUGGCCGUUGUGGGCGGUGGACCAUCCGCCUUCUACGUCACAUCUCGGCUGCUGUCUCUACUCAAGCCCUCGGAAGCUCCAUCAUUCCGAGUUCAUAUGUAUGACCGUCUCUGGGCACCUCACGGCCUCGUCAGAUACGGUGUUGCGCCAGAUCACCCUGAAGUAAAGAAUUGCACGAACAAGUUCGAUGACACAGCCAACGAUCCUCGCUUUCGCUUCUUCGGCAAUGUCAAUGUCGGAGACACUCCUCUGACUUCAAUACCACACACGCACUCGCUACCGUUAAGAUCUCUCCUCCAGAACUAUACCCACGUCCUAUUCGCAACUGGAUGCACCCUUUCCACCCUCCAUCCUGCCAUCCCGCCUUCAGAAUACUGCGUACCCGCCCUGUCUAUGGUACACUGGUACACGCAACACCCCAGCCAUGUGCCACCGCCUGAUCUUCGAAAAAUAUCGCAUGUCUCCCUCAUUGGAAACGGCAACGUGUCCCUUGACAUAGCUAGGAUCCUGUUGACUCCACCUCACGUACUCGAGAAAUAUGAUGUCCCUACUUCGGUCUUGGACGUUCUCAGACAGUCGGCAGUGAAGCACGUAUCAAUCAUGGCCAGGCGCGGUCCGCUCGAGGCUGCAUUUACCACCAAGGAGCUCCGGGAACUAAUGAAUCUUCCUGAUGCAUCCAUGGUUCCGCUUAGCUCAUCUAUACUAACGUCAGCUCCAGAGAUGACUAUGACGCGACAACAGCGGCGUACGCUAGAAUUACUUCAGAAAGGAUCGAAGAAUGCUUACGGUUCAACACCCAAGACGUGGUCACUAGAAUUCUAUCGCUCUCCUACAGGACUUACACCCCCCACAUCUUCAUCCCCACUAGCCCAAUUGACCCUAGCACACACCGAGCUGGAUCCAAGAACGAGGCGUGCCAUAUCAACAGGAGAAACUUCUUCACUCCUAACUUCUCUCGUUAUCACAUCCCUAGGCUUCCACGCGGACCCUCAGACUACAUUCUACGACCCUUCCCUAGGUCACCUUCGUGCACUUGCUGGACGCAUUAUUUCUUCAUCUGGCACCGCGAUCAAAAACAUAUACGCCUCUGGCUGGUCUGCCAAUGGCGCGAAAGGAGUGCUAGCCUCUACAAUGAUGGAUGCUUACGCGGUUGCGGAUAUCAUUCUCUCCGAUAUAACACCAGGCGAAAAAGGUGUUCAAACAACGGCCACCUCUUCAAACCCUGAUAUGAUUUUAUCAUCAGAAUUCCAGCUUAACCCUAAUCCACAUGUUGAAGACCCGCCUCUGGAAAUUCUUGAGGGCUUGAAGAACGGGACUGUGACCACCUACGAUGAUUGGAAGCACAUUGACGCCGAAGAGCGGCGUCGGGGAGAGGCCAUGGACAAGGAGCGAGAAAGGAUGAGCUGGUCCGAUGCACGUACUUUCAUGUCACAACGUGCCGCUUUGCAUUAGAAUAAUAUAUUCUAGAUGGUACAUGGUGAUUGUCCGCUAGACAACUAAUUUCAUUACAGCUCCAUCUUACUAUUUGACGUAAGUACUCAAGUUCUCGAUCGUUAUCUUUCGGACAGACGGGAGAAGGGCGCUGGUAAUGGUCGUUGUUUCAUCGUCCUUGAAGGUGGUAUGUUCUGCAUACUUUGUACAACAGCGGCUGUCUGCCGGCGCGGAAGAGCUUGCUCCUGUUGCAUAACCUUCUAAAUGGAAAGGAUUUUCGUCUAUAUAUCAGUACAGUGCUGAUCGCGACAACGAACCUCAGCAUCCGUUUUACGUUUGGAGUAAAACGUGAACAACUCCGCGAUCUGCUGCUCAAGGAUCUG